AUGGUCAAAAAGGGACAGUCGAAAGGAGGGAAGCCCGGCGGUGGCGGAGGCUCCAAAAAGCCAACCCCAGCUACCAAGGAAGCAGAUGACAGCUUCAUCGUCUUUUCGAAUUCCGACAAAGAACCCAAGCCAAGGAGGCCCGCGAAUGAAGCUGCUGGUUCUUCAGGGCUGACCGGACCUGCCUUAGCCGGAGAAGCCCCAAAGCGACCGGAUGUCAAGAAGCUGAUCGGAGGCGCAUCGUGGACUGGGAAACUGCCUGUCAAUAUGUUAUCUGAACAUUGUCAGAAACAAAGAUGGGAGAAACCGGAGUACACAAUGUCUAAACCGCCAGAGGGAUUUUCCUCGAUGGUUAUUCUCAAGGCUAAAAACCCGAAAACCCAGGAAAUGAUUCAACUCCCGCCGUUCAAGCUACCCCCGAGCCAUAAACAUCUUGCUACGAAACCUACUGCUCUCGAGGCACGGCAUUUUGCUGCUACAUAUGCCCUUUUCAGAGUAUGUAGCAUGCGAAAUAUACAUAUGAUGUUGCCUCCAGAUUAUAGAGAUCUGUGGAAGGGGGAAUUUGAGGUAUUGAAGAAAGAAGAUGUCAAAGACGGGCGUGGAUGGAUGUAUGAGGCAGACCCGUUUGGUGCCCUGCGAGAGAGGGAGGAAGCCAAGGCCAUCAUGGAGAAAAAACGUAACGAGCGGGAAAAAGCUAAAGAGAAGGCUCUUAAUACUCCAGGCGGCCCUGGCGGAGUUGGCUUGGCCCUUCGCAAUGGCACAUCAGGCGGGACAAGUGCAGGAGCCCACAGCAUCAAUCGAGGGUGGGCUCGAGUCCCAAAAAUUGAGAUGGGCAAACGAACUCGGACGAGCCUCGAAGCCUUGAUACGGAAACACGCAAUCUGGAACCCUCAUGAUGUAAAAUUGUCGGGCUUCCAGAAGCAUUCAAUCAUCAAUGAAUUUAAGAAUCUCGAGUUUCGACAAAGUCACGUUGAGGAAGCUGUGGAAGAAUGCAAAGAUCGCGAGGAGUCCCUGGAAUGGCUUCUCAUCCACGUUCCCGAGGAUGAUCUACCACGAUGGGCGUUGCCCGAAGGCUACACCGCUGGUAUUAGCAUGGCUAGUAGCGACCUUAAGAAAGAGGGCGCCAUUAAACGCCUAGCCGAGGCUGGAUAUUCUAUAGACUUAUGUAGGGAAAUUUUCGAUUCUACCAGCGAUGAAAACCGCGCUGCCGAAGCGCUUCAAGAUAUUCUCUUGGCAAGUGGAAAAGAUUCAGAUAUUGCUCAAGCUGAGCAGGAGUCGUGGGCUUCUGAAGAUGCAAAGGAAAGCUCCGAAAGCAUAUGGGAGGAGGAGUUAACAAGCCUCCAUUCCGUUUUCGGCGAGCAAUAUAGUCGUCCAUCCAAAGACGUCUGUAGGAUUGUAAUCAAGCCAUCAAAUCGAGGAUGUAACAAGGAAGUACAGCCAAUUUUACAAUUCAGGCGAUCACAGGAGUAUCCCCAAAAAGUUGCUAUCAUAUCUGUUCACGCAGCGCUACCUGCUUAUAUACGUCUGAGCAUCAUGAAGCAAGCUUUAAACCAUGCCAUAGACAACUUGCUUGGGGAACAAAUGAUAUUUUUCCUUGUGGAUUGGGUGGAGCAAAAUCUAUACAGCAUCGUUGAGAGACCAGGGAAACUGCGAGAAAUUUCAGCAGCGGCUUCCACGAUGAGCGAGAUGAAACCAAUUCCACACAAGAGGCACAGGCCCCCUAGACAUCCAAGGUCCAUCGCUUGGACGCUUAAUCCCAAGAGUAAAGACGACUGGACGAGGCGUCAAAGUGAUCCCAAGUUGCAAUCCAGGUUGCAGCAACGGAGGGGUUUGCCUGCGUGGGAAAUGAGAGAGGUCAUUAUUGAUACUGUUGAUUCUAACCAAGUCACUAUUAUAUCUGGGGAAACAGGUUCGGGCAAAUCUACUCAGUCGGCCCAAUUCAUCCUUGAUGACUUAUACCAAAGGGCAUUGGGCGACAAUGUGAAAAUCAUUUGCACCCAGCCUAGAAGGAUCUCAGCCCUCGGCUUAGCGGAUCGUGUUAGUGAAGAGCGCUGUUCUCCAGUUGGUAGCGAGGUUGGCUACAUAAUCCGCGGAGAGUCAAAAACCACACCGAACACGAAAAUUACAUUUGUCACAACUGGUGUGCUCCUUAGAAGGCUUCAAACAUCUGGGGGGAGCAGUGACGAUGUCGUUGCUAGUUUGGCUGAUAUCAGCCAUGUGAUCAUUGAUGAAGUCCAUGAGCGAAGUCUAGACACUGAUUUCCUGCUUGUCUUGCUGAGAGACGUAUUGAGGAAGAGAAAAGAUUUGAAGCUCAUCCUUAUGAGUGCUACGUUAGAUGCGGGUGUUUUCGAAGAAUAUUUCCGGAGUAAUGGUAAAGUUGGGAGAGUUGAGAUCAGUGGGAGAACGUUUCCGGUCGAGGAUUACUAUCUGGAUGAUGUGAUUCAAAUGACCAACUUCAACGCUGGUCGGGUUGGCAGAAGAGAUGACGAUGAUGCCGAAACAUCGGGUAUGGACCCAGACGUUGCCGCUGCAAUCCAAAGUAUCGGUAUGAGGAUCAACUACGAUCUAAUAACGCAAACGGUGAAAGAGAUUGAUGCGGAAUUAAGUCAUCUCAAACAGCUCGGCGGGAUCUUGAUCUUCAUGCCAGGAGUAGUCGAAAUCAAUCGAGCACUCGACCAUCUCCGCUCAAUACCAAAUCUUCAUGCUCUGCCCUUGCAUGCUUCCUUGCAGUCCUCGGAACAAAGGAGAGUAUUCCCUCAUGCUCCGACAGGAAAGCGCAAAGUCAUUAUUGCUACCAAUGUAGCCGAGACUUCAAUUACAAUUGAUGAUAUCGUUGCGGUUAUCGAUACCGGGCGGGUGAAAGAAACGAGCUAUGAUCCGCAAAACAAUAUGCGCAAACUCGAAGAGGUAUGGGCAUCUCGCGCAGCCUGCAAGCAGAGACGUGGCCGAGCGGGCAGAGUGCAAGCAGGGAAGUGCUACAAACUAUAUACCCGGAACGCUGAGCUCACCAAGAUGAUGGAGAGGCCAGAGCCGGAAAUAAGACGAGUGCCAUUGGAGCAGCUCUGCCUCUCGGUUCGAGCUAUGGGGAUCAAAGAGGUAGGCAUGUUCUUGGCAAGUGCUCUGACGCCCCCUGAAAGCGUUGCUGUUGAAGGAGCGAUGGAAUUAUUAGGGAGAAUGGGCGCUCUGGAUGGUGAUGAUCUCACUGCUCUUGGUCGCCAUCUGUCCAUGAUCCCAGCAGAUCUCCGCUGCGGUAAGCUCAUGGUUUAUGGAGCAAUAUUUGGCUGUCUUGAAGCCUGUGUCGUUAUUGCAGCUAUUCUCACCGUCAAAUCGCCGUUUGUCUCACCACAAGAUAAGAGGGAAGAAGCGAAAGCCGCCAGAGCAAAGUUUGCGAAAAAUCAGGGUGACUUGAUUGGUGAUCUCAAGGCCUUUGAGCAGUGGGAUGAGAUGAUGUCCAGUAGAAGUUUCCGACAAGGAGAAGUACGGAAUUGGUGUUCCGAGAACUACCUCUCUUACCAGACUUUAAGCGACAUAUCCUCAAACCGCACUCAGUACCUAACAUCACUUCGAGAGCUCUCUUUCAUUCCCCCAUCCUCAUUCAUUCCACCGUCCCUCAAUAGGAAUAAUGAUAAUACAAUUCUUCUUCGCUCGGUCUGCGCCGGCGCUUUCAAUCCACAGAUCGCACGCAUAGAUUUUCCGGACAAAAAAUUUGCGCAAUCCUCUUCUGGGGCGGUCGAGUUAGAUCCAGAGGCAAGAACGAUUAAAUACUUUAACCAAGAGAACGGAAGAGUAUUUGUUCAUCCAAGCUCCACUGUAUUUGAUGCACAGACAUUUCCAGGAAACAGUGUCUACAUGAGCUAUUUCAAUAAGAUGGCUACCAGCAAGGUGUUCAUACGGGAUCUUACGCCAUUCAACGCCUAUACCGCUCUCCUAUUCUCUGGUCCCAUUUCACUGGAUACCCUCGGCCGUGGCCUUAUUGUCGACGGCUGGCUGCGGUUGCGAGGCUGGGCUCGAAUUGGUGUCUUAGCAAGCCGAAUUAGAGGCAUGCUUGACGAUGUUCUUGCACGGAAAAUUGACGAGCCUGGGUUAGAUCUAUCGGGGAAUGAAGUUGUGGAUGCCGUAAUGCGGCUCGUGGAAUUAGAUGGACUGGAUCAAUGA